AUGCAGAUCCGAGUGCCGGAAGCUGUUAAAAGAGGAGAUUCGGUAACGUUAGUAUGCGACUACGACUUGGAAUCUGCCGCUUUGUAUACUAUCAAAUGGUACAGGGACGAUGAGGAAUUUUACAGAUUUGUGCCCAAGGAGUCACCGCCCUCACAAGCGUUCACCGUUUCGCACGUUAACGUUGACGUGAGUAGUUUUCUUGAAUCUGUUAACAUUAUGUAA